AUAAAACCCGCCUCGCGCCUUUACGUUGCCUUCGCCCGCCCUUCCCUCCCACUGCAUCUUCUAGUCAGUUUUCCCUUCAUCCUCAUUUCUUUUCUCUUUCCCACUCUGUGCUCUACCUCUAUGUCGCCCUUUCCUCCCUUCACAGACCAGGCUCAGUUCUGCGAGGGUAUGGUGUUGUGGUGCAAUCCUCAAGACCAGCAAAUGUCCCUGGCCGCCGAACCCGCCGAACCCGCCAACAACAAGCCCAAGGAUCUCCUGAACAACAAAACCAACUUGUACCCCCACAUCGCGGUUCAUGUUGACCUCCAGCAAUGCACCCUCCACGUGGUGCGGUUGUGUGACGCCAAGUUCGGCGGUCGCAGUACCAUACUCAUAGCUAUUCUCUGCCCAAUUCACAUGUCGCUUCCCCGCAGUUCCACACUCAAGCCAUGCCGAUCGUCCUUUGCCCUGUCUCGCCGCCGCAGUCGAACUAUCCACCAGCGCCGCCUAUGUACUGUCAUCAAGCUCCGCCCACCAGAAUGCUCCACCCGCCAGAGAUGUAUCAGCCGCAACUCGGAGCGCAAUUACCGACUGUAACUGCCACUGCCACUGCGCACAAGGCCCUGCCGCCGCAGAGUUUGACCUUCCCGACUCUCGCCAAGAGUGAUGUGAUCCGACCUCCUGAGUUUUGCCAGCAGAGCCGCUCGUUGCCUGGCUGCUGGAGGAACCCAGAUACUGGCAAAUACUGGCACCCUCAAGGCGCGGAGGCCGUUGUGCAGCUCGUGGCGACAACAAGCAGACUCGGUCGCUCGACGCGAUGAGUCCUGGGGCGCUCAAGGCGUUCCCUGCGGAGAGAUGUGGGGUGUCGGCCGGAGAGUGGUUCCUGGUUCUUGCGGACGGUCUAUGGGCGCUCGAGGCGUUCUUUCCGCGGAUCUUCGGCCGUGUCCUUGCAUCUGAGUUUGCUCUGCCAUCUUGUUCUCGCGUUGCUAUAUGUUGUACUGCAAGAUGUUUCAUCGUCGCCCGAGGCUUUGCUUCCGAGUGUCGUGGAACGAAAAUUCAGGCCUAGAGGGCUUACACACGUGCUAUGUAUAUCCUUUUUCGUUUGCUUGUGCUGGAUCAAGUCAGGUGACCAGCGAUUGUCUUCUUUGCUCCUGAAACGUACCUGUGAACUGCAGGCUGUCCGCGCCCAACGUCAUGUUCUUGUCAAAAGCUGCUGCUUCCGAGUAUCUACGAUUUAGCCCCCUGCUUCAGAAAUCUCAUGUCCUCGUCUGAAAUGCCCCUCCUUCCUCGCGAACUAGAGCGCGACAUCUUCAGUAAAUGUGCAGCGAGCCUUCCGCUCAUGCGACCCGCUUUGAUACAAGUGGCCGCCCGAGUCCGUACAUGGAUUGAGCCCACUUUGUACCACCAUAUCUUCGUAUGCGACGGCCAUCGCAAACGAGAGACGGGACCAGUCAACGAAGGAAGCUACGCGGACAUGCCCAUCGACGAUCUCCUGUACCGCCAUGCCCACCCGGCGUCCUGGACGAUCCUGGAGCGACACACGCGGUCCAUCGCGAUCGACGCGCGCACGGCCUGCACACCCGAACUCGUAAAAGCGCUCUCUGCGCUCCCCAAGCUCACCGCUGUGUGCAUCCUCAGCACGACCGGGCUGAAACCCACGCUUCUCCCCGCCCUCACUGCGCUCGGCGGCCUUGAGCGGCUCAGCAUGGACGUCGCGCCGCUCUUCAGGGACAGCCGGCAGAUCCAGACACCCCGUUUCACGCACCCGAUCUUCAGACACAUCACGCACCUGCACCUCGAAAUAUUCGCGCCGGACUGGGACGCAUGGGCGCGCUAUCCGGUUGAGCUAGGCUCGCUCCCGCACCUGACGCACCUUGCGCUCGGGCGCGUCGCGGAGUGCAUCGGGGACUACGACUCGAUCGAGGCGUACGAGGCGCUGGUCGCGGAUAUCCUGCGGGAGUGCGCGCGCUUGACGGUGCUCGUGUUUCUGUGCGCCGAUGGGGAUGAGCUGGAGUUUUGUCAGGAGGAGCUAGGCAGUAUUCUGAGCGAGGAUGCCAGGUCUGUGCUGCUGCUGCUGGAGUGGAGCGAGUUGUGGGAUGACUGGAAGCGGAGUGUAUGCUGCAUGGAGGAGGAGGACUUCUGGGCGCGUUGUGAGACGUGGGCGCGAAGUAGGCUGGAAUGUGAAGGAAUGGACGGCUCGGAGUUUACGGUCCCCGCGCUUCUGCGUGAUCAACUUAUUAUGCCGUAGUUGUCUCCCCAUGCGCUGGCAGAUUGUUUCGUCCGUGCCCUUCCGUCAUGCUCGAACCCAGGCCUCCGCGGCCUCAUUGCAUCGACAGCGACCUCAGCGCGGCGCGGUGAUCCCAGCCCUCAGUUACGAUAGUGACGCUCUCCUUGCAGACUUCGAAUACCGACCGAUCGGUGUCGCCACCAUGAUCGACCCCUCCAAGCAUGGAGGAACUGUUGAUGGCUCUAAUCGACGCCACACUCCUAGAUGACAAUGAAAUGCCAUCCCGCGCUGUUCGACGUGACGCAAAAGUUUUGCGCUCUUCCGAUGCGAUGGGAUGGGCACCCUCGCACAGCCACACAUCGGCACAGAGCCAAGACAUAUCUUCCAUUAUCUACUCCCAAACGCAAACGUAUUCAAGAUACUACGUCCAACAUCAGUCGAUCAGGUCCGCCGCCACAGUCACUUUGCUCGGGCCCAUGUCUGCCCAUGUCGGGUUAGCACUUCAGAAAUCGGGAUUCAGGAGGAGACUGUCAUGAUUGGCGGCAUCAUCAUCAGCGAUGCCACCAGAUUUUGUAUUUCGGCAAGGCCAUUGCUUCGCUGCAUUCGCGAUCCAUUAUCCCGCGUGGUAUAUGCGGCCUCGUGGUUGAGCGGAUGAUCAUCUCCGCAUUGCCGCUCGGGUGAUUGCCGAAAGUAGCUGAUUGUGCAUUAUCAUUGGGGACACGCAAUUGGUCGAGCGCGCAGCGAGCAAGUGGGAGACUACUGAUAAGAUUCGGGACAGGCUACAGAAAUAAACGCGUGUCAGAAAUAGAGCAUUCAGCGCGAGCUACCGAGGGACAGAAGGGAAGAGAAGAGAAGAGAAGAGACGGGCUGGCGAAGUCUUGAGCCCUGGCGCUGCGUGGUUACUACUUCCGUAAUCGAUCCAUGCGUACCAAUGGGGAUACCAGGCUAAUCAGGUGCACUUGUUCUAGACAGACGCAAGAUGCACCUCUCCCUCCUCCCGCUCGCUCUCGCGCUCUUCAGCGUCGUCGACGCGCAAAACUUCACCCGCCGCAGCUGGGACGAAGCCUUCGCCCUCGCGAAUGCGACCGUCGCACAGCUGACCACAGCCGAGAAGGCCGGUAUCGCGGCUGGCGUGGGCCAGUUCACCUCCCGCUGCGUCGGGAACACGUCGCCCGUCGCGCGCCUCGGCAUCCCCGCGCUGUGCAUGAACGACGGGCCCGCAGGGAUCCGGCUGGUCAACAACGUGACGGGAUUCCCGGCAGGGAUCAACGCAGCGGCGACGUUCAGUCGGAGGCUGAUGCAGCUGCGGGGUCAAGCUUUGGCGGAGGAGUUUCGAGGCAAGGGCAUUCACGUCUACCUUGGGCCUGCCAUGGAUUUGAUGCGCAACCCAAUGGCUGGCCGCGCUUGGGAAGGAUUCGGACCGGAUCCGUACCUUUCCGGGGAGGCCGCCUACUACACGAUCAUCGGUGUGCAGAACGUGGGCGUACAGGCAUGCGCGAAGCACUUCAACGGGUACAACCAGGAGCACUGGCGGUACGGCAUGAUCUCAAACAUUGACGACCGGACGAUGCACGAGCUGUACCUGUACCCGUUCUUGCGAGCCAUCGAGGCCAACGUGACGUCAGUCAUGUGUUCUUACAAUCAAUUCAAUGGCACCAGCGCGUGUCAGAAUCCAGGACUGAUCGGCCCCAGCGGUCUGCUGCGCCAGAACGGUUUCAAGGGGUAUGUGGUCUCCGACUGGGGUGCCACGCACGCCUCGGCCGACACAAACGCGAACUCGGGCUUGGACAUGGAGCAGCCCGGUGACAACAUCGUGAUCGGUGGUGGCUCAUUCGGAACUCAGGGAACCAAUCUCGUCAACGUGGUCAACUCUGGCAAAGUCGACACAAACCGCCUGGAUCAGAUGGCUGCCCGUGUUCUGGCGGGAUACUACCUCCUCGGGCAAGAGAACGGCUACCCGGCGGUCAGCUUUGGCGUGCAGCAGUCUUACGGCACCACCGGCCUUAACGAGAACGUCAACGUGCGCUCGGCGACCCAUUUGGCGAUUGCGCGUGAGGUCGCGGCGGCCAGCACGGUGCUGCUCAAGAACAACCGGACUAGCUCCGCGGGCGCUGGCGCACCUGCCGGCUCGGGGACGACUCUCCGUGGUCUGCCGGUCGCGCUCUCGCAAGUCAAGUCUAUCGCCAUCGUCGGGCUCGACGGGAUCAUGCCGAACGUCAAAUGCAACGAUCUGAACGAGUGCAAUGAUGGAACGCUGGGUGUAGGCUGGGGCUCUGGGUCCAACUACGUCCGCGAUACGAUUCCUCCGGUCACUGCCAUCCAGGACUUUGUCGGCUCCAGCGCGACGAUCACGACUUCGCUGACGAACGACCUGAAUGCUGGCCCUGCUGCGGCCAAGGGCAAAGAUCUGUGCAUCGUGCUCGGCAACGCUGACAGCGGAGAGCUUGGUGCCUACACGAUCGUCGUCGGCAACGAGGGUGACCGAAACGACCUCAACCUGUGGUACAAGGAGGGCUCUCUGAUCCAAGCUGUGGCCAACGUCUGCAGCAACACGAUCGCUGUCAUCCACAGCGUCGGCCCCGUCGACUUGUCGUGGUCCAACCACCCGAACAUCACCGGUAUCAUCUUUGCCGGAUUGCCCGGCGAGCAGACGGGCCCUGCGCUCGUUGACGUCCUGUUCGGUGCAGUGAACCCGAGUGGGCGCUUGCCGUUCAGUGUCGAUGAGAACCCCAGCUCGUACGGAACGACCAUCGUCACCAGCCCCGGCUUCCCAAUCGGAUUCCCCACUAUCGACUACACCGAAGGCUUGAACAUCGACUACCGGUACAUGGACGCACAGGGCAUCAAGCCCCGCUUCCCCUUCGGCACAGGGCUCUCCUACACCACCUUCGCGUACUCGGGGCUCAAACUGACCACCACGAGCACCGGCGCGACCGCGACAUUCACCGUGCGCAACACGGGCGGCGUCGCCGGCACGGAGAUCCCGCAGAUGUACCUCACCUUCCCCGCGGCAGCCAACUCGCCGAAACGGGUGCUGCGCGGGUUCGAGGAGGUCGGCCCGCUCGCGCCCGGCGCGAGCCAGACCGUGACCAUGACCAUGAACUCGCGCGAGUUGAGCGUGUGGGAUGUCGUCAAGCAGCAGUGGGCCCGUGUGCCGGGGACGUUCACUGCGACCGUCGGUGCCUCGAUCGACGAUGUGCGUUUGACGGGCACUUUCGUGUCCGCCUAGGUUGUUUCGGUGGUUGCUCAGUCUGUUGGCGCGCUCUAUUCUUAUUUCUCUGUGGUAUUCCUAUCGUCUCUCGUUUCUCCGUAUGCACACUUAAUAUUCGGUCGCUCGUUCGUAAAUCUACACUCAUUUCACCUGGAAAUAUCUCCGAGAGGGAGGAACCAUCCGUAUACUCUUGUGGAAGAUUGUUCUUGAGCUUUCAUCUGUGAGCACGGACCAACCGCUGGCCCGUUUUUGACCCCACAGAUCGUGAGUCGGCCUCG